AACGAUAGUAUCGUUUGAGUGGAUUACUAGCUAUCAAACAGUUCUGCUUACUCAGACUUAUUUCACUUGUAAAAGUUAGUGAUAUAUUUUCUACAACUAUUUGCGCUAUUGUUUUUAGAUUUCCAUGGCUGAUACAACAGAGUGCGUGAUCAAGUUUCCCUUUGCUAUUACAGAUGACAAAUCUAUCGAAAUUACGGCAACGCUCUUCAAUUGGAAAUACUGGACAACCAUUGAAAGAAACCGGGUAUCCCCAAAAAGCAAAGAAAUGGCGAUGACUUUCGAUUCUUCUAGUUUGGUUCAGAAGUUUGGCUGUGGAAGAAGAAAGCCAGAUGAUCCGUUCUUUCAAGCCGGGGACACGGCCUGUUCAAUGCGCUUCAGGGAAGGCAUAGUCGAGUAUGGAUUUGAAGAGUAUGAGUUUGUACGAGAGAAAAAGGACUUUCCGUGCACUAUUCCGACCUGUCGAAAGGUAUCGCACUCUCCCGCCGAUUUCGAAGCGCACUUCAACUCUUGUCACCGCUUCAUCUGCUCAGAAUGCAAGAAAUCACUUCCCUCGCCCCACCUCCUCGACUUACAUCUCCACGAAACACAUUCGGCGUUCUUCUCGGUGCAAGCUGAUAAAAAACCUAUGUAUAAAUGCUUUGUGGAGGCGUGUGAUGCCGUCAGUAUGACACCGAAAGAGAGACACGAUCAUUGCAUCGAAGUGCACAAAUUUCCACACAACUAUCGCUUCGACAGGGGCACAGGUAAACCAGGUAAAUACACAAAGUUCACCAAGAACACAAAUGCGAGUACCAGCCAGAAGAAACCUGAUGCAGAAAACACGAAAGAAAGCGUUCCAAAUGAAAAAGAAGAAUCAGAACAGAAACCUGAUAAAGAUAGUGUGAAGACUAGUACAAGUUCAAAUGAAAAGAAACCAUCACAAGUAUUCAGUUUCGGUCAUGCUGCCGCUCAUAAUCACAAAUUCAUUCCGCGUACUUUAGCUGUUACAAGAGCACCCAACAAACAGAACAGAGGGAAACAUCCCAAUAAGAAGAAGGUGGAAGUGAAAAAUGAAGUGAAAUCCGAGGAAAUGAUGGAAGUGAAACCUGAUGAAAGCAUGGAAGUCAAAGAUGAAGUGAAACCUGAAGUGGUAGAGGAGAAAAAUGAAGCUAAAUCAGAUGCAAUGAUGGUUGAAAAGAAUGAAGUGAAUAAUGAUGAAGAAAUGAUGGAAGUGUCAUAAUCGUGGUAAAUAUUAGUUUUUUAAACGGUUUAUUCGAUUGUUGUGAAUAUUACCUGAAAGUAUUCAAACUUAACAGUAACUUACAAAACUCUCUUCAUAAAAUAUGGUUAAACCAUUUAAUAUUGUUAUAAUGUAGCUGAUGAGUAAGUAAAUUAUUGCCAAUGCACUGUUUGUAAAUACUGUUAUGAUUAGGUUAAAUUUUAACAAAUAAUAGAAUAAACUUUUUUUAAAACAUUCAA